CACCCUACAAACAAUACCGCUGGGCUCACUGCUGGCAGCCUAUCUGUCAGCCGAUCGACGCGCCAACCAGCGGGUAGAUUACAACAACAACAACCAAUCACUUUAUGUUUUGUAUUGUAAACGCAUAGUCGCGACGUGAUUUUACCUCGUCAAUAAAUCGUCUUUUUAAUAUGUAGUGUUAAGUAACUACGUGUUAUUUAUUACCUUGUAUCCGUGCUACCCCAGUUUACAACAGUGGCGACGAGUCGGUCGUUUAAUUUUCGCGAAAUCCACCGAAUUAUCGCAAAAUUAAUUCCCCCACGCGGAAACGACAACGGUGUGAAAUGGAUUCGGAAGAACAUAACCGUACUUCGGAUCUAGCCGCUGGAUCAAAUGGGACCAUCAACGGGCUCCCCAGUGGACAGCAGUUCCUCCCAGCUGGCAUGGCAAGCUUUGUUCGCCCCACACAGUUCGGUCAGCAGCCACCGACGGGACUUUCUCAACAGUUCCCCGGGCAGCAGCAGCAACAGUCGUAUCAAUCAACACACCACCUCUCAUCAUCAGACGCACUCCUUUCCCAGCUCCUCCAACAGCAGCAAGCAUUUGCGACACAAAUGCUAAAUCAGCAGCAGGAGUUUAUGCGACAGCAGCAGGAGAUGUUCCUCCGUGCGAUGUCAUCGCUAAGCGUGCAGGUACCAUCUAACCCUGAAGUGAUUUUAGAUUCACUUUCGCAUCACAUCAAGGAGUUCCGGUACGAUCCGGAAAACAACAUUACGUUUGCGGCUUGGUACGCGCGGUACAAAGACCUGUUUGAGCAAGACGCUUCCCGGCUCGACAGCGAUGCAAAAGUCCGUUUGCUCCUCCGGAAGAUGGGUUCCGCCGAACAUGAACGGUAUGUUAAUUUCAUCCUUCCGAAACUACCGAAAGAGUACCAAUUUGACGAAACUGUUCGGAAAUUGGGAAUCCUGUUCGGUGCUGCUGAAUCGCUCAUUAGCAAGCGUUACCGGUGCCUACAAACAACAAAGAAGUCCACCGAAGAUUACGUUUCGUUUUCAUGCCGUGUAAACAAGAACGCGGUCGAUUUUGAGCUGAGUAAAUUGACGGAGGAGCAGUUCAAAUGCUUAUUAUUUGUUUGCGGCUUGAAAGCGGAGUGUGAUGCAGAGGUGCGUACUAGACUGUUGGCAAAAAUCGAGGACCGGGACGACGUGACUCUGGAGCAGCUUUCCAAAGACUGCCAGCGGCUGAUGUGUCUGAAGAGAGACACAGCUAUGAUCGAGGGAACAUCCAGAUCACUAUCAGUGCAGUUCGUGAAGCGGAAUCGGAAACAAAUUUCCAAAAGUUCUCCGAAAAAAGUGAACAGUGAAAACAAAAACAUUCCCCCAACCCCUUGUUGGAAGCGCGGCGCAAUGCACUACACUCGUGAGUGUCCAUACUUGGACCACUUGUGUAGUGAUUGUGGCAACAGCGGACACCGUGAAGGUUAUUGUUUAACCGAAAACAAAAGUGGAAAGCCCUAUCACAAAAACAAAAACAGUACUUUUCGGGCAAAAUCUGUUCAAGUGAAUACAGUGCAGCAAAAAAGGAGAUUUGUGCAAGCUAGGCUGAACAGUGCAGAGGUGCAACUCCAGUUGGACACCGGAUCCGAUAUCAGUGUUGUAUCAAAGCGUGUGUGGGAGAAAAUCGGGAAGCCUUUUACCACCUCUGCCCGAGAAAAAGCAUUUACUGCUUCUGGUGCCCCUCUCCAUCUGCUCUUCAAGUUUGACUGUGACGUCAACGUCAACGGUCAGCAGCGCCGUGGCACAUUUUACGUGGUCGACCAAUCCCUUAACGUGCUCGGUAUCGAUUUGGUCGACGCGUUUGGACUCUGGUCUGUGCCUUUCUCUUCGUUUUCGGCACCCAGCACUUCACCACAGCGCUUUUCCACCCACAAUCGGACGAUUUGUGGACCCUUGAACGAGCCAUACGGAAAAUUCGAGGAGGGAAGAAGCCUAGCUCUUAUAAGCGAGGCCAAGUUCUCCAGGCCAAUCAGAACUUCGUUGGACUAACCGCGCCCAAUGGUUCAAGGCAAUUCCACCAGCCGAACGCAACCGGGGCAUCCAGCGCCAAUACCCGGUGACUCAGCCAGUUCCAAAGCUUCCGUUGACCGUUUUGCUGCACGCUUGGAACUGAUAAAAAAAUGUGCGCACUUCAGCCUGUUUCAUCAGCGCAUGUUACUUGAGACCCAAGUCUGUCUCCAGAUUUCUCACCGAUGUCACCGUUACUCUCCACGCCUCCUUCUCCCUCACCAUCAAGCUCUGCUGACCCAGUGGAGUUCACGUCAACCAGCAAAAAGCUGUGCAGGUGCCUCGUCGUUCUUCGCGAACCAGAAGACCGACGAUCCGGUUCAACCCGCACCGGCUGUAUUAAGGGAGGAGAUGUUAGGGCGUGAAACACCCUACAAACAAUACCGCUGGGCUCACUGCUGGCAGCCUAUCUGUCAGCCGAUCGACGCGCCAACCAGCGGGUAGAUUACAACAACAACAACCAAUCACUUUAUGUUUUGUAUUGUAAACGCAUAGUCGCGACGUGAUUUUACCUCGUCAAUAAAUCGUCUUUUUAAUAUGUAGUGUUAAGUAACUACGUGUUAUUUAUUACCUUGUAUCCGUGCUACCCCAGUUUACAACAAUAUACAAAUGUGAAUUUUGCUUGAUUUUAGUAAAAACUUAGUUUGUUGGCUGCCUUCUUUUUUUUUGGCAGCAGCCGUAUUUGUCGCCACAAAUAAAAAAGUUAGUGCAGUUAGGAACUCGAUGCCGGCGGUAACUUUGGUGAUGAAGUGGACAACGAAAUAGUGACCGAACGACACCGGAAGUAUACAGGUUGCUGCUGCCAGUCAAGGUAUACAUACAUCAUCAAAGCCAGCGAAUGUACGAGGAGGUUUCCAAGUCCUGGCAAAAAGGAACCUCGGUGGUUCCUGUUGGCCGUAUAUGGAACCAUCGGAAAUUGGCAGUUAAAAUUUACAGUGACAAAUAGUGUUUUCAAUGAUGUUAAAAUUCAGAAAA